CUAGUCUAGAGAAUAGUCCGAAUAGAUCGAGAUCUAAAAUACUAAGAUGAGUUAGUAGAUCUAGAAAUAUAGAAUCUAGAUCUAGAUCUAUUCUGAUAGUUAGUAAAAUACCUGCCUCAAAAUGCACAAGACAUAAUUCAGAAUGGGCAACUUAUAAAGGAUAGUUAGAAGAUGCAUGUCAGCGCCUAGGCUUGGAGAUGCCAUGUUUCUUGUCUCAUGUCCUAACAAUCCUGGCAUGCUGCACUUGUCUAGCACUUAACCCUCAGGCUUCAGCUUUGUAUGAUUAUUACCAUGAACCCAACCACAGAGCUGAACAACCAGCUGCUCCAUGCAAGCCCCACCAAGUCCAUUUAUCUUUUGGCAACAGCAUUCAUGACUUCAACAUUGUGUGGGCAACAGCUGAAAAGUGUAUUAGCCAGGUUAAAUUUGGCCCAACUGCAUGGCAACUACAUAGUGAAGUGCCAGCAAGCUACAACAAUUUUCUGGAGCAGAACUAUUUUGGUCAACAACAUUUGUAUAGAGCCAAGCUGCAGCAUCUGUUACCAGAAACAAUGUACUACUACAUGGCUGUGAGCAAUGAGAGCUAUUCAAGAAUCUUUUACUUCCAGACACCACCUGCAGGCAAUAAAUGGUCUCCUGACUUUUUGAUGUUUGGAGAUUUAGGCAUCCACUCCAACACCACCCCAUCCCUGAUCAACGAAGCUUUUUCUGGCAACUACACAGCUCUCUUUCAUGUGGGGGACUUUGCUUACGACUUGCAUGCUCAGAAUGGUUUGCUUGGUGACUACUUCAUGGAGCUGAUAGAACCUGUGGCUGCUUACAUCCCGUACAUGACGUGUCCAGGAAAUCAUGAGAUUAACCAGGGUACAUUUGCACACUACAGAAAUCGUUUUGCCAUGCCAGGAUCUAAUUGGCCAAUUCCUUUGGAUGGAAUGUGGUACAGUAUGGAUAUUGGUCCUGUUCACUUUGUCAGCUAUUCGUCCGAAGUAUUUUUUACUCACUUUGGCCAGUACGUGGAUGUCCAACGUCAGUGGCUAGUCAGUGAUUUGGGGAAUGUCAGUCGUGAAAAGACACCCUGGGUUGUGGCGUAUGGCCACAGGCCUAUGUACUGCAGCACCAAAAUUGGAGAUGAUUGUUCUUUGAGGUUUUCCAGAGUUAGAGCAGGCCUAGAAGAUAUAUUUGUUGAGUUUCAAGUGGACCUAAUAAUUCAAGCUCAUGAACACAACUAUGAGCGGCUGUGGCCAGUUUACAAGUGGAAGGUUGGGCCAAAGUCCUACAUCAACCCCCCUCUGCCAGUUCAAAUCAUAACAGGGGCCGCCGGCAGCAUAGAGAGGACAGACCAUUUUCCAACUUUGAAACCUGAAUGGUCAGCAUUUCGUCUAGAUGAAGCUGCCCUCAACAGCUAUGGUCGUCUGCUUGUGAAAAACUUGAGCCAUUUAUACUGGGAACAACGGUCUAUUGACAACCACACUAUACUAGACAGCAUUUGGAUUGUUAAAAACACAAAGACUACCAGCCCGCCCUCCUACAAGUUUGUUGUUGUCGUUGUUGUCAGCUGCACUGUUUUAGCUGCGCUCUUGUUGAUUAACUGUGCCUUGUACAUUGGCCUUCUCCUCAAGCAAUAUAAUAAACAUACGUGUAUGUUCCCAAGGUUGACUCCCUACACUAGGCUCACUUCCCUUGAGACUGGUCCCUCUCAUGGUGGUAUGUCUGUAGCUGAUCAAACAUGAUCUCAUUGUGGCUAUGUGGCAUUAAAAUGGCCCAUGACAAAAGGAACAGUGACAAUUAGACUCCUAACAAAGCUGCUCUCAUCAUUAUGACUCCUGCCUAAACAACUCCUGUCAUCACAGCUUUCAACAAAUAUGUCCCCACCUCAAAGGAUCCAGUCAUUAGAACUCCAGACAAAAGGGCCCCUGUCUCUACUGCUCCCUAAGUUUCCUGCCAAACUGGCCGAUUCAAUAAGGCCCCUUCCAGUAGUACUAUUUCAUCAAUGCACUUCACAGAUAGCUUAGUCAACAGCCUCAAAUAAUGUAUGUCACUUUUGGUUGGCAGGCCUUAUUAUUACAAUAUUCAAUCUUGUAUAUCAAAUAGUUUUAAAUGUAAGUAUCAUCCAGUUAUAAUGUCCAGUGAAACAAGCCAGCAGCAGGCUGUACACAUGUUGGAAGAGUUGGGGUAGACGUCCGUUUUGAUUAUUAUUCUUGUCGUGACCAGUACACAAUGUACAUCCUGUAAACACAGUGUGUAGCUUACAGUUAAACUUCCGUAAAAGUGUGUGGUUGUUAAAUAGAUUGGUGAAGUCUAUCAAAAUUGGUUUAAAGAUUUCGAGCUGUUCGUGUGAAGCCAAUAUGCAGAGAGCCCUUGGCUUAUGUCAGUUUAUCAGGUCACUGGUCAUUUUGUUGAGAGCUUUUUGUCAUGAGUCAUUUUAUCCAGCUAAUUUGCAUUUAUCAUUUUGACUACCAACUUUGGCUGGUCUGUGAUCAAGCAUGAUCUUGGCUGGUCUGUGAUCAAGCAUGAUCUUGGCUGGUCUGUGAUCAAGCAUGAUCUUGUCUGGUCUGUGAUCAAGCAUGAUCUUGUCUGGUCUGUGAUCAAGCAUGAUCUUGGCUGGUCUGUGAUCUUGUUUUAAUUAUUUAUAUGUAUGUACAUAUUUAAAUAAAGGUUCAAAUUGUUUUGUUAAUUUUAAAUACAUUUUACAUUCCAAGCUUUUGCCAUGUUUUUAUUAGAUUAAAAUUAAAGCAUUUAUA